CGGCAUUACAGGAAUCGAUGGGAUCCAAUCCAAGGAAAGAACCACACGCCCAACCCCAAUCCAUCAACUUCCCAGCUUAGUGCCGCCCUCCACUAUCAACGACCAACUUCACUCCUCUCCAAACGCCCAGAUAGACCAUAGUCCCCAUUCUCUUCUCUUUCGCGCGCAAAACACUCCGGUCGACUUUUGUCACGCAUCUGCCUUUGCUCUUAUCGCUACCACCUCCGCCAUUUUCGAGCGGUACGCGCGGUCGCCUGCAACCCCCUUGGCCCCAACGCUCCAGCCUAAGCCCCCGAGGACUCGUAGUCCUUCGUGCCUAUCGAGGGUACUGUCACCUUGCGUAAAGCAACGUCGUCAACGACAGGUCUAAGCUCUGUAGGCGACAGAUCGCGGUAGGCAGCCAGCUUUGUCCGCCUUGUUAACUAAGGCUCUGCCUCUAUAUCAUGGGUACUCGUCGACUGACCACAUCAACCACGAUGCCAGACUUUCCAAGGAAGUGGACAUUGCUGUUCCAAGUUAUAUUAUUAGUUUGAUACGAGGCCGCCUUUAUCGCCCGUCUUGCGUUAAGCCCGUCCCACCCUCCACACCUACGAGCUCGACCUCCAGCCCGAAUCUGAAUCUCAUCCUGAACCUGAACCUGCGCCGCACGAUCGACCUAGCCGCUCCGUCCCUGUCCCGCGAUCGCUGAACCUGUCCCUUACGUUUCCGCCCCUCUGGUCCCCUGUCGCCAUGGCCUCUUCCUCCUUCCGAGACUCGAUAAACUCCCUCGGCUGGAGUCGCCGCGAUGAACCAGUCAAUACUUCUCAGCAAAGCGGGUUACUCUCCUCUCUUCAGAGUUUAAAUCCCUUCCAAGGAGGCAGCGGUUAUGUCCGUCUACCUACCACCGAGAGUUCAGGUGCACCUCUCCCCGCGCCCAGUCGACGUGAAGAAGAGGAAGGCUGGUUUGUUCUUAGCCGAUGGGAUCGCUUGUUGAUCUUUGGUGCUUGUAACCUCGCUGCUGUGGCAUGUUUCGUCAUCUGCUUCACUCUAUUCCCCGUCCUCUCUCUGAGACCACGCAAGUUUGUCAUAUUAUGGUCGGUUGGAUCACUAAUGUUCCUGGCCUCCUUCGCUGCGGUAAUGGGCCCCAUGAACUACGUUUAUCACCUUCUUUCGACUCCUCGACUGCCGUUUACUGCGGCGUAUUUCGGCUCUAUCACGUUGACCCUAGUGUUUGCCUUGAAGGUGAGGUCUAGCUUGCGAUGGGCUGAAGAUUUUACUUACAUACCGAAAGCUUCACAGCACAAUUCUCACCUUAUUCUCCGCUCUUGUUCAACUUGCCUGCCUGCUCUGGUACUUGAUCAGUUAUUUCCCUAUGGGAUCUACUGGACUGCGCUUUGCCACAUCGUUUGGUGCAAGGCAAGCAACAGCAUGGAUGACUGGCUAGAAAAGUCCCUUGACUACAUGCAGUACGGGACUCUUGUCCUCAACACGUUUCACGAUGUUCCCAGGCUCCAAGGAUCCAAGUCCUCCUGUACACCAACUGUCUGUCUUGUGUAACAUUAGCAGCGAAUUGACCAUAACAUCAUGGAUUCAGGCAACAGUGGAAUGGUUUUACGAGAACAGCUGUCGAUUUAGGAUAAAAGCAAAUACCUAUGUAUAAUUUUUGUAAUUAUAUAUACCUGUAAUCAAGUCCGAGUCUUGCUGUGGUAUAUGCCCAGCCAAAGUACUACAGUCAUCAUUUGACGCAGUAAACCCC